AUGAUGAACGACAUUCCUUCAGUAUGUCACGGGCGAAUUGAUGCUGUGUGGCUUUGGGUGAAUGGGAGUGAUCAACAAUGGUACAAAAAAUACAAACAACACAUCAAGAAGAGGGUUGAUAAAAAUAGAUUCAGAGACUCACAGACAUUGAAAUAUUCGAUGCGGAGUGUGUUCAUGUAUUUGCCUUACAUCAAAAACUACUUUUUGAUCACCGACAACCAAAUCCCAAAUUUCAUCAAAAGUCCAAACGACAUUUUUUAUUUCGAUUUAAAUGAAACCGUCGACAAAAAAUUCCACGAAAACGUCUUUUUUCGACAAUCUCAAUUUCCGCAAAUUGAGAUUGUCGAAAAUUUGACGUACACGCUUCACGUCGUUCCGCACACAUCUCUCUUCCCACCCUCCGAUCUUCCGAAUUUCAAUUCCGAAGCGAUCGAGACGUACAUCCAUACCCUCCCAGCGUUGUCCGAGUGUUUUAUUUAUAUGAACGACGACUUUCUGUUUUAUCGUCCGACUCCGCCUUCAUUUUUUCUGCAAGACGGGAAGGUCCAAAUUUAUGUUGAGAGUGGCUAUGCUCCCGAUUAUCGACAAGCGCGAAAGUCGAUGUGGCACAACACAAUACAACACACAAAUUCGUUAUUAAAUUGGCACUUCAAAAUCCUUUUGAAGAGAAAGAAACCCUAUUUAUCUCACACGGCUUAUUUCUUCCGAAAAAGUGUUCUUAACGCCGUCGAAAAGUCUUUCACGCGUGAAAUUCAAAAGACGCGAACGCAAAAGGUGAGGACUUUUGGAAGUACGAAUUGGCCAUUUCUAGUUCAGCAUUUCACUGUUUUAAGUGGGUUGGGUGUAUACAAAUCACAGAGGGGAUAUACCCACUUCUGGAAAAUGACUGGAAGUCGUUACGUUGAUGUUAAGAACAAAAUUGAAAUAGAAGAGAGUAAACCUUACACAUUUUGUGUGAACGACGAUGUCACAAAUCCAACUGAUUUUGAAAGAGAAUCUCGGUUUUUAUUAAGGUGGCUUAACUCAACUUUGAGUAUAAAAACAGUCUUUGAAAAAUGA